AGUUAUCUAAUCUUGCUCACCGCUAGGGGGCAUUGCAAACAAAAACAAAAGAUCAAGUGUCACGCUGUUGGUAGCUGGAAAGUUUUUUACAGUUUUGAACUGUCAAUGUGAUGUGUUUUUCGCCUACCAGUGUGUUAAAGCUUUGAGAUAUAUAGACGGAUAACCAAGGCGGUAGCCAGGGUUAUAUUCACAGAACUUUCUGAAGGAGAGAAGGAUAGUUAUUUGUAAUCAUACCCAGGUGAAAGCUGGUUUUUUGUACUGGAAGAUCCAAACAUGUCCCAACCAAAGAAAAGACGACGAUUAAAUGAGGAGGAAGAGAAAGACAAAAUUAAAAACCUAAUGAAGGAAGUUCUGGCAGAGGCCCUUCCAGCCAUCACAGAGACUGUUGUGGCAACUGUGAAAGAAACUCUGAGGGUAACUGCAAAUAAAGAUACCUCAUCUCAGUCUAACCAGUCUAAUACUGGCAGCAAUUUGGAGGGAAUUUCCAUGUCAUCCACAUCAUCUGCAACAUUGCCUGUGACAUCAGCUGCGACAUCAUCUGUAGCGUCAUCUGCGACAUCACCUGCACCAUCACAAGAAACACUGCAAUCAUCGACUACUGAAGGUAAUAAAAAUAAGGGUACAGGGCCACUUCACAUUGGUCGUCCUUUGGGUCAAGGGAUCGAUACGAAAAUUAAGGCAAAGAUAUGGGCUGAGGAGUUCAUCCAGUUAGGAUGUCUGGUGUUCAAACAACCAUAUGCCAAGUUGGAGGCGGUGCAGGCAAGUGACAAUAGCGUCACAUUUCUUCAAAAGGAACACAAAUACUUCUUCAAAUCCUUACAACAGUGGACAGGAGCCUUCCACGUUUUUGUGGCAAUUUACUGUGAGAAGUUCCCCGAACAGGCACCAAACCUCAUGAAGUACAUGGCCACAGUCCAGAAGCUAAGUUCUGAUGUCGGGGAGAGAGCUGCAUUCCACUAUGACGAGCAAUUCAGAAAAUGGAGGGCAGAGAAUCUAGACCAGAUGCCGUGGGAGAAGAUAAACUCUGAGCUUCAUUCUGAAGCUCUGCAGAUUGGUCUAAAAUCAAAAUUGUUUCAAACAGAGGGAAAAACCAGUCGACCAAAACAAAACCAGCAGCAGCCAUUUCGUAUCAAAAACAACAAAAAGCCAUGUUUCAGCUUCAACAACAAUGCGGGACAGUGUGCAAGAUCAAACUGCGAGUAUGCACACAUAUGCAGUAAAUGUUUUGGAGACCACAACAAAAAAGACUGCCGACUUCCAGACAACAACAAGAAACCUAAUCACUCAAACACAAAGCCAGCAAAUACCCAAACUCCAUUCAAGAAGUAAUGUUGUGACUCCUAUUCGUGUAAAGACAUUGGCAGUUUGGCUCCAAAAUUUUAAUCAGGAAAAAAGACAAUACCUCAUAGAUGGUUUCACAAAUGGUUUCAGAAUUCCUUAUCAUGGAGACAGAAAAUUUAGGUUUAGUGAAAAUCUCAAAUCUGCGAAGGAAAAUAUAGACAUUCUGCAGCAAAAAAUUGACAUAGAAGUUAAAAAGGGACGAGCAGCAGGCCCAUUUACAUUAGAUAAAUUGCCAUUCAAAAAUUUACAAGUUUCUCCCCUAGGAUUAGUUCCUAAACAAACACCAGGUGAAUAUAGAAUAAUACAUCACCUUUCUUAUCCGGACGGCUCUUCAAUAAAUGAUGGCAUUGGUAAAGAAGAUUCGGCAGUUUCCUAUCAAACAGUAGAUGACGCCAUUAAACUUAUUCAGCAUUUUGGGAAAGGAGCUCUGUUAGCAAAAACUGACAUUGAAAACGGUUACAAAAACAUUCCAAUUCACCCUUCUGAUCAUGAACUUUUUGGAUUUGCCAUUGGUGAUUACUUCUACUAUGAUAAAACAUUACCUAUGGGUUUAAGCUUUGCCUGUAAUCUAUUUGAAAAAUUUUCUACAGCAAUUCAUUGGGUGGUGAACGAAAAAUUAAAAAUUGAAGGAUGUGUCCAUUUGUUGGAUGAUUUCCUGUUGGUUGGUCCACCAUGUAUGGAAUCCUGUAAUGGCCAACUAAAAUUAUUUUUGA